AAAAUUUUUACUGGGUGGGCAACCUUGGGCAUAAGACGCCGCAUUUACUGGCAACACUGUGCUGACGAAUCGAGUCCAAUUAAAUUGCAAAACGACAUCGAUUUAAGGAGUUACAACAAAUUGCAAAUCACUUAACAAAGAAAAGAUCAAAAAGAGGAGAAACACUCACAGUCCCAACAAAAUGUCGGAAAUGCAAAUGGAUUGUGCCCUGGAUCUGAUGAGACGAUUGCCGCCUCAACAGAUUGAAAGGAAUCUGAUUGAUUUAAUUGAUCUGGCGCCGGAUUUGUGCGAGGAUCUGUUGUCGUCGGUGGAUCAGCCGCUUAAAAUAGCCAAAGAUCGGGAGCAUGGCAAGGAUUAUUUGCUGUGCGAUUAUAAUCGCGAUGGCGAUUCGUAUCGCUCGCCGUGGUCCAACACGUACUAUCCACCGCUGGAGGAUGGCCAAAUGCCGUCGGAGCGUUUGCGUAAGCUGGAAAUUGAAGCAAACUAUGCGUUCGAUCAAUAUCGUGAAAUGUACUAUGAGGGCGGCGUCUCAUCCGUGUAUCUGUGGGACUUGGAUCACGGUUUCGCAGCUGUGAUACUCAUCAAAAAGGCUGGCGAUGGCAGUAAAAUGAUACGCGGCUGCUGGGACUCAAUACAUGUGGUCGAGGUGCAAGAGAAAACGACUGGACGCACGGCGCACUACAAGCUCACUUCGACGGCAAUGCUCUGGCUGCAGACAAACAAACAGGGAUCCGGCACAAUGAACCUGGGUGGCUCGUUGACCCGGCAAACCGAACAGGAUGCGAACGUGAGCGAAUCAUCGCCGCAUAUUGCAAACAUUGGCAAAAUGGUUGAGGAGAUGGAGAACAAAAUACGCAAUACACUCAAUGCUAUUUACUUUGGCAAGACCAAGGAUAUUGUUAACGGUUUGCGCAGCACACAGUCGCUUGCAGAUCAACGGGAUCAGGCGGCCAUGAAACAGGAUCUGGCAGCUGCAAUAUUGAGGCGCAAUGUCAAACCCGAAUCGAACUGAGCUGUUGACGUCGUGGCGUUUUACGGCAAUAUAGGGACAAUUAUCGACGACUUGGCCGCGUAAUUCAAUAUAAUGAUGAGCAGUAAUACAAUGCGCAUUUCUAGGCAUUAAAUUUGUUAAUGAAAUAUGAGAAAAAGAAUUGUUAAAUGAGUAACGUAUUAAUGUAAAUUGAUUGCCCACAUUUCCCGCCCCUUGUUGCAAUUAAUCUUAGCAUAAAGUCCACAUUUUAAUGUUUUUUGCCCAAAACGCGCCAACUCCGACCGCUCUUUAGACAGUAUCUAUAAGUAUUUGAGUAUUUGUAUCUGUAUAAUGCAUAAUUUGUAUCUGAAAAGUUGAGGCAACAGUUUUGCACGAUUUGAAACGAUUCAAUACAAUUUGAUUCGAUUUAUUUGCUUUCUGCAUUUUUUCUUGGUUCGAGUAUAAAUAAAUGUGUUUAUAAAUAAAUAAUUAUGUAUGUAUGCAUGUGUAUUCUAACAAUAAGAAGCUCGAAGCAUAAAUUUUACAUUAUGUACUUUUAAUGAAAACGCUCUGUAUUAUGUAAAAAAUACACAUUACGUACCAAACAGCGAAAA